AUGCAGUGGAAUUGCAAUCAAACCACCAACCCGCAGCAUACGUACUAUCGGACUAUCCUUGGGGCUCCCACACGCACGGGAUUUCAGAAGCGGGAUACUAAAGCCUACGAAUUUGCGAUCGCGGUCCCUAUAUGCCUCCUUGUCGACCCCAAGAGGCUUCAGAAAAUAUUUGAAGGAUCGCGCGGACCGACACCGGAUCCACCGAUCGUCGGCGCGUCCGACUUUGAGCUCGUGAUCUCGUGGCCCGGGCUUUUUGGCGGCAAGCCGAAGGCGUACAGCGUACGCGUCGCCACCACAGGUUUCGGUCGGACCCCCUGUCGGAGAGACCUUCUGGAGCAGGUUGCGCGAGGAUACGAGCGAUUCUUCGCGGACGCAGAGAAAGCGGCCGCGGUCUCGCCAGAGGCGUCCAAAGCGCUCUUGCAGAACCGCGAGAUAUUUCCAAAGGCGCCCGGAAGCCCGCUCCCCGUUGGGCUGGCCCUGCGCUCUGUAACAGUUGACCUCGUGGUUAAGGCAGAUGUGGAGGUGCUUCAGCUCGGCCCCCCGCAGCAUCCCUGGUUUGGUCACUACGAGACCACGUUCGCGUUUGGAGCCCCCGCGCCGGAGAGGCCGGACCUGCUGCGAGACUGGGAGUUUAUAACCUUGGGAGCUGUCCACGUUUGCUUGAGAGGACGCUCUGCAGAGGAAGACGCGUGUGAUACGAACGCGCGCCCCCUCCGCACAAUACCAAGCACGUCAAGCCCCGACCACUCCGCCACCCUCGCCGCGUCCGCCGCGCGCGGCGUUCCGUUCGACGUCCUUCCGAACGGCAAACACGAACUCCACACCCUCAUCACGAGCACGCUCCCGCCCGCCCCUGCGGCGGCGGCGACCAGCGUCUCGACCGCGCCCGAUACGCGAGGCACGCCGACGCCGGUGUGGGAGAUCUUUGGGGAGCAGGAGGACCAGGAGCAGGAAGAUGGGGAGUACUGGCUCGACGACGAGGAGUGGGAGUGCUACGACGAGUACUACGAGGAGGAGGGGGGAUUGAGAUCGUGGGCGAGGAGCACGGGCAGGAAGACGGAGAAGGAGAGUCAACACGGACUACGCUGGACACUAUUCUGGAUGGGGUAUCGAGACUCGGUUUGUAACAUGGAGAAACUGUAA